AUGUCUGAACAACUGAAGCAAUCUACGAUGACAUUCUCCAAUGCCGAAGUAAAUUUACGGCAAAGGUCCAGUUAUGCAGACCGACACGCCGAACGGUCAUACUGUAAAAAAGUGGACCUCUGGGUGUUGCCAAUGCUGUGCCUGAGUAACUUGGCAAAUGCCAAAACGGAUGGUCUCGACGACGACGUACAUUUUCAAGGCAAUGACUAUUCUCUACUGAUUCUUCUAUUCUAUAUUCCAUUUGGUCUAUUUGACCUACCAUGGAACUUAUUGAUCAAGCGCUAUUCUGGUCGCAUCAUGCUCUCUUUCAUGUCCGUUGUUUGGGGGAUUCUUGCACUUUGCCAAUGUGCAGCUAAGAACUUCGGCUCAUUGCUUGCCAUUCGUAUUAUUCUCGGCAUCUUUGAGGCAGGUUUCUUUGCUGGAGCGACCUUUUACUUGACCCUAUUCUACACCCGCGGGGAAAUGGGCUUUCGCCUGGCCAUUGUCCAGUCAUUCGCUGUCCUCGCCUCAGCAUUUAGUGGACUGAUCUCUUUCGGCGUAUUCCAAAUUGACAGUACUUCGGUGAAGGGGUGGCAGUACUUAUUUAUUAUCGAAGGUGGAAUGACACUGCUAAUUGGAGUCCUGGGUUUUCUCAUCCUACCAGAUAACCCCCAAAAGGCCUGGUUCCUGAACGACAGGGAGAGAGACGCAGCAACUGCUCGACUACUUCGAGACUCUUCAUCCGAAGUAGCGACCGAUUUCAAUCUUAAAGCUUGCUUCCACUCUUGGGCCGACUGGCAGUUCCCCAUUUGGUGCAUAAUAACGUUCACCUAUCCCGUUGCCUAUGCAACAGCAAUGAACUUCUUCCCUCUAAUCGUGCAACGUCUCGGAUAUUCCGUUGUUAAGACCAACUUGUGGACGGUUGCCCCAAACCUUGUCGGCGCAGUGGUGUUGCUCAGCGUCGCCAAAUCAUCAGACCACUUCCGCGAGAGAACCUUUCACAUAGUAUUCUCCCUGGCCCUUUCCCUUGUUGGCAUGGUGAUUCUAGCUGCCAUUGAUGUUCUUCAACAUACGGGGGUGGCCUACUUUGCUUGUUUUCUCAUGGCAUCGGGCGCAUAUAUCCCAUCAUGCCUUGUUCAUGCUUGGCAUAAUAACAACAACGUCCAUGAAAACUCCCGCGCGGCGAAUACGGGAUUUUUUGUGGGUUUGGGGAAUCUCGCGGGUGUUGUCAGUGCUGCUACCUUUCGGACCGAAUAUGCUCCCAAGUAUCUCCCUACCUUAGUUGUGACUUGCUGUUGUAAUGCCGUGUGCAUCGUCUUUGUCAUGGGACUAGGGCUAUGGAUGCGGUUGGAGAAUCGUCGUCGCGAUCAGAAACAAGGACUAAGGUUUAGACAAGAUGGAGUGGAUACUAUGCAAAGUUCCUUUGUAUCCUUGGCCAGCACGAUGAAGAAUCACCCUUGUGAAUAUCCCGGUUGCGGUAAAAGCUUCACUCGCGCCGAGCAUCUGCGUCGGCAUGCCCUCAAUCACGAACAGCCACGCAAGGGCUUUACCUGUAAACGCUGCACGGUCCACUUUCAGCGCCCAGAUCUGCUCGCCCGACACAUGCUGCGUCAUGACAAACGAGAUGAAGAAGCCGGCGGACCAGGGUUAGGUGUCUUGAAUACACGCAAGCGGACUCGCAGAGCUCGUGAUGGUACCAUCAUAGUGCGCCCCUCGCAGCGAGAGAUGCGGUCGGGAGCGCGCUCGACAACGUCCUCCUCAUCCACGGGUCAGGAUUUAGCAGCAGGGGAGGAGCAGGAGGAGGAUGAAGAGCCCAUGGACGAGGCACCCAUAUCGCCGCCUAUUUCUGGCACAGACCCAAGCUCCCUACCGAUUGUCGACGCAGAUCCAUUUUUGGCGCCGAUGAUGCCAGGCGGCCCCUUUGAGCCCUAUGUUGAACCUAUUCCAGGACAGUUUGAUGCAGCUGACGGAUCAUUUAAUGUCGGGUUGGGUGGCAUGGGCGAUUUCUUCAGCAUGGACACAGCCACGGACUUCAAUCUUCCUUUUGCCGCGACUUGUAAUUAUAAUUGGUUGUUUGACGUCGCCUCCCUCGAUGAUGCCUUUCAUCAAUUCGAAUUUCCUCUCGGCUUCGAUACAGAACCAUUGCCUGGUGCACUUGACACAGAAUAUAAUCAGGCCGUAGACAAGUACGAUGGCCCAUCAGCCCUGUUGGAGGUAGCGUCAAUGAUGAACAAAGAGAAGAUGUCACAGUCUACAUUGUCACCUAUUUUGCCCGAUAUCCUGGAGAUGGACUGGAUGUCCGGUACCUCCUUGCUGGGACCCAGUCCACCGCCACACCUGCCACGACUGUCGGAGGAUUGCCGGCGAGGCAUCCUGUCCCUUGUGAUGCAAGUAUCGCCCUUAGGGAUUGAUGGUCGGCCAAGGACGCUGGACUCGCCUCUACUUACCCUCGGGGCUCUACAGGGCUACUGUGAUCUCUUCUUUACGCGCUUUAAUGUUACCUAUCCCCUUGUGCAUCAGCCAACCUUCAAUCCAGAUACCAUUGACCCAAUCUUUCUUGCGGCGGUGCUCUUCAUGGGAGCUACCUACAGCACGCGCGAGGCACAUCAGCUAGCCGUAGCCAUCCAUGACAAACUUCGCAACCAACUUUUGUGCCAUGAAGAGUUUUGUCCACAGCCGGGGCUCUGGGUUUUACAAGCAAUGCUUCUCAUUGACUGCUUUGGAAAGAUGAGGGCUGGCCCCAAGCAGCGCGAGCGCGCUCAGCUAUUCCACUGUGUUCUGAUUAAACUCAUCCGCCGUAGUAACUGUUGCAGUGUACAAGGCUCUCCUCACCUAGCUCGCUCGCGGGAUAUAGAUCAGGCAUGGCGGCAGGCGAUGGACGCAGAACAGCGGAAAAGGCUGGCGAUGCUAUGCUUCAUGUGGGACACUCAGCACGCGGUUCUGUUCUCGCAAUCCCUCUGCAUGUCGGCAUUCGAGAUCCGGUCUUCUUUGCCUUGUAGCGCUGCCACCUGGGAAGCAUCAUCAGCUCGAGAGUGGGCACACUUUGCUGCCCGUGAAACAAAUAGACCAUUCCUGACAGUUCUCAAAGGCUACAUUGCCCCAGGAUCUACGUCUCGGCCCCGAGAUCUGAAUGUCUUUGCUCGUACUGUAAUUCUACAUGGCUUGAUGUCAGUAUCAGCCGAUCUCAAACGGCGCGAUCAAACCACACUACGGUCAGAAACACCGGAGCGGAUGGGAGCGUGGACUCCACGGAUGAGCCGGUCUUAUGUUCUAUGGAAAGUGGACUUUGAUGCAGAUUGCCUCGCUAUGAAGCUGGGACAGACAGCAGAUCCACGUCGUUUCACUGGAUUGAAAGUGGCAGCCCACGCUCUCUAUUAUGCCUCUAGCCUGGCAUUGAAUGUGGAGAUCCUCGACUUACAGAUUGUCGCGGGAGCCAUGCAAAUUCUCGGACGAGCCGUCACUCCGGCCGACCAGUCCAGAUCUCAGGAGAAUAUUAUUCGUUGGCUGCACGAGGAUUCCGGAGCAUCGACCGCUGUGGCACGGCAUGCAUCAUAUCUCUUGCAGGAUGCGGUGAUGAGCCUUCAUGAUUGGGACCAGGCAGAUGCUUUCCAUUUCCCCUGGUGCCUCUACUUGGCUACUUUGGCCUGCUGGGUUUUCCAUCGAGGCAUCGAUCCUUCAUCAUCCGAGCCCCGAAUGAAUACAGAUCUAUCUUCACUUAUUGUCAUGAUGACCAACUGCCCCAGUACUACGGAGCUGGCAGCACUGUCGGGGAAGUACGACCCCAAACCUUUAGUAGCAGCAAUGGCCCAGCAACUGGCGACUGUCCGAUGGGCAGUGGUUCAUGAUGCAAUGAAGGUACUCGUAGGCUUAUCUUAA